UGGUUCUCUUAUAUUCUCCAAGCGACCCCGUUCUUGUAGCAGAGUAGUUGUUUUUACGUAUUUGUUCCUGGCUUCGAGAUCAAUUCACCGUGGUUCAAAUUGCUCGUAAAAUGGCGCCAAGCAUAGAUUACCCCGCACCGCUCCCCUUCUCACUCUCACUCUCCAACUCCAUUCCACAAAAGCAAGCCACCAUCAACGUCAGCGUUGUCGAAAUCAUCGAGGAUGACGCUGCCCAAGAGCAUUCCCAUGAAGAUGGUCACAGUUCCCAUCCUGAAGAGUCGAUAGACCCUCUCGACUCCGAGCGACAACGCCUCCGCAAUCACCUAGGGCUCCCCGCCGAACAGGGCGCGCCCGCCCCUGAGCAACCCCGAAUCCAACCCCUCUUCUUCAUCGAGCGAGUCCCCGACAGUCGAGCCGUAUCAUGUAGCCUACCCGGGUGUACACAUGGCGCUUUACAACCCGGCGAGCUGCGCCUCGCGCUGAAUCCGGGGAUGGGUGGGGAUAUGUGGUUUCGAUCCAGCUCUGACUACUACCACAUUCCCUGCUUCGAGCUCCUCGCCGACUUCACCUCCCCAACCUACCUCGACCGCAUCCAGCCCCUCACAAGAAACACAUUCAAGCUCCGCGGCCUAAAGCCCUCGUCCGUCUUCGACGGAUCAUACCUCCUUCCCGGCGGCGUCGAGCGACUCAUUCUCGAAUGGAAGGUCACACGCGGGAAAGCGAUCGAUAAACGUGAUGGCGUGUUCGACGAGCGGAUGUAUAAACUUGAGGAGAGCGUUUAUGAGUUGCUUUACCGGGCGGGGUCGAGGACGUAUAGACCGGUGAGGAGGCCUGGACUACUAGAUCAGUUUGAGUUCUAUACGCUUUCGAAGACGCUGGCGCCGAAUGAGUUUGAGUAUACGGGCGGGAGGAAGGAGGAGUGGAAUCUCUUUGAGAGUUUUAUUGGGGAGGAGGACGGGGUCCAUGAUUUGAGUGGGAUGUUGGAGAGGUGGGAGAGGGCUGUGGCAAUUGCCUGGCAACAUACAAGAGCAUCGUCGUCCGCGAGUGUCUCAAGCGAAGAAGAAGAUCAACCGGCCCUCACCCCGACAGCUGCCAGAGCUAUCAGGCGGUUAUCGGCGAUUCCCACCCCACAGUCAGUUGAGUAGUGUGCAGCUUUUGGGUCUCGAUUUUAGCGUUCGGCUGUUAUCCGGCAUUUUCUUGGUCUGGGUAAAAGCGAUAGAGGCGUUAAUUCCGGUUAGAAUGAAAAGCGUUUUCUCUGUGUGAACCUGUGGCUGCUAUGCCUCCCGGACCCGCGUUCGAUGUAUGCUCUAGUCUUCGAUGCCCAUUGUAAGCAACAAGAUCUUCAGCUCGCAGGAUCGAGGAGUGAAUUUCACUUUCAAAAGCUUCCUUGUCGCCGGAGAUUUCACUCAUGACGGGAGCUUUAUACGCAACAACAAAAGCGACAUUAACCUGGUGGAGAGGGCGCAAAUUUCGGUUACUUGGCUGAUGCGAGAAGACUAUUACGAGUAUUCUCUCGGAGAAGUUUGAAGACCUGGAUGAAACGGUC